AUGGCUCGCGGUGCACGCGCGAGUCCAUUGCUAUGGGCGGCCGUCGCGGCACUCGUGCUACUCGGAUCAACAGCGGCGGCGGCGGCGGAGGAGGGCGAUCACACGUUCAGCGCGAGCGUGGUGAAACUGACGGACGCCAACUUCAAGCGGAAGACCAAAGGCCACACCUUCGUCAUGUUCUACGCCGAAUGGUGCGGGCACUGCAAACGGCUGAUCCCCACGUGGUCGCAGCUCGCGGACGAGCUCAAGGAGGCGGGGCGCGCUGACGUCAGCAUGGCGUCGCUGCUGGCGACGGAGCACCGCGCGCACCCCGCGGCGAAGCUCGUGCGCGGCUUCCCCACGCUCAUCUGGUUCCACGCCGGGCGCCCCGUCGCGCAGUACGAGGGGGACAGGUCGCGGGAGUCGCUGCAGGCGUUCAUAGAGGAGCAGGCGCAGCUGGGGGAGGCGGACCUGGCGGAGGGCGCGCGGCGCAUAGAGGCGGAGGCGCGGCGGGCGGAGGAGGAGGCGCAGCGCGCGGAGGAGGGGAAGGGCGCGGAGCCCACGUUCAGUGAGAGCGUGGUGGAGCUCACUGAUGGAAACUUCCAGGAAAAGACCCGCGGACACACCUUCGUCAUGUUCCACGCGGAAUGGUGCGGGCACUGCAAGCGGCUGAUCCCGGUGUGGUCGCAGCUGGCGGACGAGCUGCAGCAGGCGGGGCGGGCGGGCGUGGGGGUGGCGGCGCUGCUGGCCACGCAGCACCAGAAGCACCCCGCCGUGGGCUUCAUCCAGGGCUUCCCCACUCUCAUCUGGUUCCACGGGGGGCAGAUGGUCGCUGAAUACUCGGGCGAUCGCAGCAUGGCAUCGCUGCGUGCCUUCGUGGAGGAGCAGGGCGCGCUGCAGGGGGCAGCCCUGGCGCGCGCCAAGAAGGACAUGAAGGCCGCCGUGGAGCGCAAGAUCCGCGAGCGCCAGGACGAGCAGCAGCGCGCCGCCCAGGAGCAGCGCCGCAUCGAGACGGAGUUCGCCGCCCGGGUGCCGGAAAUCAGCCUGAGCGACCCGAGCAGGGUGGAGGGGCAGGCGGUGGUGGUGCUGCACUAUGCGGACUGGUGCCACGCGUGCGGCUCCAUGAAGACUGUGCUGCUGGACUUGCUAUCAGACCCCCCCGUGGAGGGGCUUGUGGUGGGGCGGUUCAAGGACCCCCAGGCAGGGCUGCUUGCUGCUGGUAACACGCUGCGUAAUGGACAGCCCACGACGUUUUUUGUGAGCGGUGGGCGGAUUGUGGAUGCGUUGAAAGGGGUGAAGAAGGGUGAGGAGGUGCGGGAGUGGGUGAGGGAGCUGGGGGAGUUGAGUGAAGAGGAGGUGGAGGAGAGGGGGAGGGAGUGGAGGGAGGGCGUGGAGGAGGAGGUGGAGAGGUUGCAGCGUGAGGAGAGGGAGAAGAUUCAGGAGGAGGUGAGGAGGAAGGAGGAGGAGAAGAGGAGGGCGAAGCUGCAGAAGCGGAGGGAGAAGACCAGGUGGGCGGCGUGA